CAAACGAACCUUCAAAUGAAUCAACGAUGAAUCAACGAUGAAUCAAUCCUAAAUGGGUGUUCCCAUUCCCAUUUCCCAUUGGAAAACCCAAUCGGGUAUUCACCGUUCUUUCUCGCGUAUGCAUUCCAUUCUUAUCUUUUUAUUGGCUUUAUUCGAUGUUGAAUGCUCAGAUAAAAUUGACUUCCAGCAAAGUGUUCGUACAUUUCUCAUUCAGUGUUGUCCAAGAAACGUUAUCCAUUAUCUUAUCCUAUCGGUGCCAGUUCAAAUCGUAGAAGAAAAAACUUCGUGCUAAAAUAUAUUAAAAAGCUUCCUCUAUGAGGAAGUAAAAGUAAAAAAAGAAAAAAGAUCUCUAGAUUCUUUAUACUUUCUGAAAAGAGGAUUUUGUGCAAAUAUAAUGGCUACAAAUAACGAAAUAACUAAAGAUACACUUUGGGAAGAAAUGAAGAGUCUUGCUGUUGAACAACAACAAUAUUACUAUGAAUUACUUCCUGACUGCAUAGAAUAUAAAAUUGACGAACAUAAAUACCUACGACAGAAUAUUGGUUAUACGAUUUAUGGUUUACCAAUGAGCAAUGAGAAUGCAAAUAUAACAGAAAACAUUUGCUCGAAAACAGAAGUUAGUUGCUAUUGGGAACCAGAAGAUUCAAAUGAUACAGAUGCAGAUAUAGUCGAUAAAGUGAAUUACGAUGAAAAAGCUACAAGUGUCAUAAAUAUGAUAUAUAAUAAAAUACGCGAAUGUACAAUAGAAAAUGAUAAUACUCAAUCAAUUUACUUUGGUAUAAUUUACAAUAUAAUAUUCUGUCCUAACAUGAAUGUACAACCGAAGAAAAAAGAAGUAGAAAAGGAAACAAAAACAGAAGUAAAAGAAUCAGUAAAAGAAGAAGAAGAAGAAGAAGAAGAAGAAAAAGAAGAAAAAGAGUCCGCCGUAUCAUCUAUCCCCAUUUUUACAAUUAGGAAAAAUAUUCAGAAAACAUCCGACACUGUAAAGAGUUUGAAACAAAAAGAAGAUAUAAAAAAUGAAGUUCAAGCAGAUUACGAGACAUGGUACAUUGAUAUUUGUGGCAGAGUGUAUAAAAGUUGGGCAGAUUAUAUAGAAAAUAAUAAUUUACCAAAAUGCACUAUGGUUGUUCCCAAAGAUGGCUUUUAUCAAGCAGAUUCAUCUUAUCCAAUAACAGAAGACAAAUCAACAGUUUGGCUUGAAGUCAUAGAUUCUCCCGCAUGCACAUUUAGUAAACAAAUCUGCGAUGGAAUGGAUAUUGUUUCUGCUAUUGCCGGAUUUGGCACAGUCGGCUUAAGUGUGGCGUCAAUGUUCACACCUCUCGCACCAGCUGUUCUUGUAACAGGUCUUGUUGCUAGUGGUGCAAGUGGUGUUUGGACAGUCGUCCGAUCUUCUCAGCAAUUGGUUGAUCGUAAAAGUCACGAGGAAUCUAUUGAUAUUUUGGAUAAGGAGGCAUUACCUCAUUGGCUUGGCAUAGCUGGUACAAUAUUUGGUUUCGGAUCGCUUGGAGGAUCAGCUGCUCUAUCCAAAGCUGCUGCAAGUGGUCAAACGGUACCCACCUUUGCAAAAGUGGCAUUUAAUACUGUACAAGGUGGCAAUCUAUUCUUGAACGGCGCCGGUAUCAUAUAUCAAGGUUACAAUAUGAUAGAUAAAUAUAUGACAGACAAGACUAUCGAUAAGAUAGAAGCGUUACAUUUGGCAAUACAUAUUAUGUUUUUCACCGGCGCCGUAGUAAAGAUUCAAUUCGCCAACGAUAUCAUUGAGAGCACCCAGGGUAAAAUCAUCAAUGAUCACAGAGAUACUUUGCGUAAGAAAAAUCUUCGUAAGAAGUUUAAUCGCGUUGUGCGAAAGGCUGCCGAGAAUAAUACAUGUAAAAUAUCUGAGAACGCAGAAGUGAUAAAGUACAUAAAACAUCGUGAACAGUUAUUAUCUGUUAAUCAGCUUGUUAACCAGCCUGUUGCUCAUGGUCAAACAGACAAGACUCCACAUAAUAUCGUAUGGUCAUUCGAACAGGAUAAUCUAAAAGUCAACGGUUUUAUAUUGUUAGAUCCUGUUGAAUAUGUUGUUCGCCUCAUGAAAUCGGAUAUAUUUAACGAAAACUAUAAAAACAAUCCAUCUGGUUCUGAGAACUAUGUUGAUGAUUCUACCACUGAUCAGUUAAGAAAAGUAUUUUGUGUUUUAUUAAACAAGUUCUAUCUGAGCGAUGCUUGUCCCAAGAGCAUGAAUCUGCCAAUAAUUCCUGACUUUGAACCACUUCUUAGAGAUAUGAGUCGUAUGAAGAUUGAUGAAGAAAGUCUGAAAAAACUGUUUAAGAUCGUUAAAAAAUUAAUGAAACGUUCUAGAAAUAAAGAAGAUUUUUUACUCAUGGCUUUUUCCUUUGUCUGGCAGUAUUGUAAAGCAAAUUUAAAGCAAUGGGAAAUGGACUUGCGUGAUCGCAUGCAGAGCAAUUCAGAUUUGAACAUGUUGCAGAAUAUUAUUAUUGCUGUUUUUGAAGCAAUCGACAUGGUAGUUAAUAAUCUUUAUAGUGCCUUUGUGGAAUACAUAAUAGCUAAUUGUGAAAGAAAUAAAUCGUGAAGAAAUAAAUUGGAUAUACUCCAAUAUGGAAAACAAAAAUUAGAAAUAAUGCUCAAAAUAAUCUUGUAGAAACAAGCUGAUAAUUUUAGAGAAAUAUAUAAAUUAGUAGCUUUUUAAUAGACAUUUAUUUUAGAAUAAAACUUUGGCUUAAAGGAACUUUUAACAUACCAGGUAUAUAUGCUGAUACACAUUGUGCCUUAAAUGAGAUAUCACAAAGUUUCACUUAUUUACAAAUAUAUUAAUUA